AUGGAUAAUAAUACUGUACAGGAUGAAAUACCAACUUUGGUUGAAAACACAAAAUCGGAUGAGGAAGAUGUGGAAGCAGGAAGUUCAAAACGUUCAGCAACUGACAGCCAUUCGAUUGUAAAAUCAUUUGAUAAUAAAUACGAUUUUGGUACCAAAAACAUCCCUCAUUUAGAGCCUACUUCAUCCAGAAGCUCUACUCCUUUUAGUACUCGAUAUCCAGUGCAUAUGCCAUCUUUCAAGCGGAUAGAUUUUACUGAUUUAAGUGAUGCAUUGGUUGAAGAAAGAAAACCUGCUUGGAAAUUGUGGCAGGAUUCGAUUAAAGAUUCUUAUCAUACGGUUCGUAGAAAUGCUGAAAAAAGCGUUGAAGAAACAACAUUUAACGAUUCCCAAUUAGUACGACGUCGCGGAAAACGUUCUGAUAGUCCAUUUGAAGAAUUAUCAAUUCGUAGUCCAUCUGUUCGAAGGCCAAGUCAUCAUGCAUUAUAUCCGCAAACUACAGGAAUUUACCAUGAAACGGGUCCAUAUGCAGCACCAGCUGUAUUCUCUUCUAAGGGAAUCGAAGCACGCUACAACAAAAAAGCAAGUGAUAUUGAAGCACAUCUGCUGAAAACAUCAAUUCUGCCAAAUUCGAUGAAAACUAUUACAUCGCGUGAUUUUCGAAAUGGACCAGCUCCAUCACCUGGCAGUGUCUCAGAGGCAUUCGCCGAUGAAACGGAUUUUCAAACGUUUAUGCCACGUCCAUAUUAUAGUCGUCCAAAUCGCGAUGAUCCGGAUUAUUUUGAUUUUGAUUUGCAAUAUUCUGUUGAUCUGUACAAGCGUCCAGAAGGCAAAUAUAUUCCACGAGGGCCACAAACGUGGGAAGAGAAAUUGUUACGCGAAUCAAGUUCGAAGGGCGAUGCACCAGUAUCAACUUACAUGUUUACAAAGGGUGAUACGGAUUGGCGUACUGCUGGUACAUCCUACCUGAGUGCUGCACUGCGAACUCCAUCAUUUUGGGAACAUCGAUUCCAAUCAAUUGGUCGAGAAGUUCGUGAAAGCAAUCCGAUUUCAUUUGACAGCCUUGCAAGGAAUAAGCCAAUACCAAAUCGUUUCACGGAAUAUCACGAUCCAGACUUCGAAGAUUUAUCAGAUUUUGACGACUAA